ACACAUCAAAACACCCACACACACAAACACUCACCAACACGCGGCCAGCAAACACAAUUUUCAGUUGGCCAAACCAAAAAACGAAAAGUUUGUUCAUCCUUAAUCUUUUCGUUUUGCCCCGCAAUCAAAUGUUGAAAAUUGGAAAAUUCGAAGCCCAAAGUGAAUGCAAUUAAAAAGUGAAAUUUACGAGCUGCAGGAUAAUUGAAAAAUCAAGGCGCACACCUGCGCACAUGUCUGUGAGAGGGUCCUGUGUGUAUGUGUAUCUGUAUCUGUGUAAAGGCGCCUGCGGCUGUAUGUGUGUUGAAGGCUAAGCAGAAUCAGCAGCCACGAAAAAGCCAACAAAUAUCUUACAGUUCAUGCCUGUUGCAGCCAAAGAGUUAGCAAACAAAGUGAUAAAGACAAAGUGUUCAAGACAAAAUGUAAUAAAUAUUAUUAAAUAUACAAAAACCGAAUUAAUUACUCGAUAACUAAACGCUAAACUGGAAAUCGGAGCAAUGUCAAGGGACAGAUCUCAACAGGAUGUCCCGUCUAAGAUGCGCACAAUUAGCUUAAACUGACAGCAGAACGUGGAGAGGAACAACAGCAACAGCAACAACAACAACAACAACAGCCAGAAUUUACAAGCAAAAGGAUAAUCACAAUCACCAUGCAGCGAAAUUAAAUUCCAAAGCCGACAACUAACAACCGGAACUAUUAUCGAACUAUUUUAACAACUUACAUGUAGCACAACAGAAGCCUUAUAAAACAACAAAACAACAUUUGUGCUGUGCUUUAAUUAUAGUCAACCAAAAAUUACAACAACCACGAAGAGAAGCCCGUAAACCGCGUAAUUAUUACACAUUAAAUAAUAAUAGUAAUCAUUAUUCUUCCAAUUGCGAGUUUGAAAUGUGUACAUUUUUAAAUCGAUAUUUAAACUAUUAGCGAACUCUAAAUACCAAAAGAUAUAUAAACGAAUAACUGUUUAACGUUCAUUAAUACUUAGCAAAGAGCGUUGUGAAUUUAACAAAAAAAAUAUUAAAUUAAGCGGUUAACGAUCCUCUAACCUAGAGCAAAUGGUACGCAAUUAGUAGUUCUUAAAAGUAAGAUUUUAAUCCAAGCAACAUUUUUAAACGAGCUUCAAACACACACACAAUAUUAAACACACCCACACCCGAGCAGAACCUUAUCCUUAACCUUAACCACGACGGCAGGACUGUGAGGCUAACAAUCAAAUGCUUGGCUCAGCGCCAGAAAGUAGGCAGCAGCAGCAGAGCACACAGCCCAAAAAGUAGGCAGCAGAAAAUUUAUACAAAUUUGGCGCCAGCGGUGGAAAAGGACGAAAAAAAGGAAAAGCGGAAAAGUAGCAGCGCCAAGGACUCCGACGACCUUCGCGUGUGCAAGCGUCGUUGCACAACAAAGGACGCCACUAACACUCCCACCCAGACACACACCCUCUCACCCACACGUACGUACACAUACGGCCAAAAGGAAACUCACCUAGACACACAGAGUGCAGCACACAGCCACACACACACACACAACCAGGCCACAGGACAAUUGCAUGGGCGGCCGCCAUGACCGGAAGUGAAGUACGGUCACGUCCACGUCCACUGGCCUUUGCAUAACAAUCAGCCCGCCAAGGAGCCGCCAAGAAGGUGGGCAAACGGCAGGAGAAAGGCAGGAGAAAGGCAGGAGAAAGCCAGCGAAAGCAGGUGAAUCAGGAGCAGGUGAAGGAGGAGGAGGAGCAGAAGGAAUAAAAAAAAAACAACGAGCACAGGAGCGCCACUUUCAACCGACAGCGGCCCGUAAAAAUGCAGGAAAUGAGCUACCUGCAGGAUAAUUCCAAGGUGGAGGCCCUCACCAAGGCGGUGCUCAUAUCCAUUCUGGGCGUGGCCAUCGUCCUGUCCAACCUCCUCAUCAUCGCCACCUAUGCCAACUUCAAGGGCCCCACAGAGGUGAUCAACUACUACCUCUUGUCCUUGGCCAUUGCCGAUCUGCUCUGCGGACUGCUGGUGGUGCCCUUCUCCGUGUAUCCCGCCCUGACCGGAGAAUGGAUGUACGGGGACAUCGUGUGCCGCUUCACGGGCUACCUGGAGGUCACCCUGUGGGCGGUCUCUGUUUACACCUUCAUGUGGAUAUCGGUGGAUCGGUAUCUGGCGGUGCGCAAGCCACUGCGAUACGAAACGGUCCAAACGAAGACGAGAUGCCAGUGCUGGAUGGUGUUCACCUGGAUAUCGGCGGCGCUGCUCUGCUCCCCAAUCCUGGGCUACUCGAUGCCGAUCGAGAACAACAUGACGCACAUCUGCAUGCUGGACUGGGGCAAUAUGGCCGCGUAUAGUGCCACAUUGGCGAUUUUAGUGUUAGGUCCCAGCCUCAUUUCAAUCGUACACAACUACGGCUAUAUCUUUGUAAUGAUGCGUAAGAUUAGGUCCGGCGAGCCGAUACACGAUAAAGAAUAUGCAACUGCUCUGGCUGAAAAUUUAUCGAACCCUAGUCAUAUGAUGUCAUUCGCAUUAGUCUUUGCAUUCUGGGUGUCCUGGCUGCCAUGGAUUCUGUUGCGUCUGUAUGAGGUGGUCACGGGCGAUGUUAUCCAAAGUACUCUUAUCAACUUCGCCGUCGUCUGGAUCGGCAUAUUGAAUUCGUUUUGGAAAAUUCUGAUCAUGACCAGUAUGUCGCCACAAUUCCGUAUCGCUUUGAGAGUAUUUUGCUUAACCAUUUGUUGUAAGACUAAGGGCCGUUUGCAAGCAGAGCUAAUCGGGUUGGACCCAGAUGACUAGAGUUAGAUUUAGAUUUUCAUUCUCCUCAAAAAAAAAAAAAUAUAUAUAAAUCCGCAAUCCCAUCCCCGCCCCGCCCCCGCCCAGUAAUCCGAGAUCCCUUUGAGAAGAACUACAAAGUCCUGCAAGUAAAAAAUUGGUUGUAACUGCAUUGAGCCAUUUCCUUAACUCUCUAACUCUCCAACUCUCUAUCUAUCUCUCGAUAUAUUGAACACUAACUUGCCUGUUUGCCAUAUAGUUGCAUAUUUACGGGCCGUUUGGCGCUACGCGACAUGCCAAUGAAAGCACCUCCACAGAGCCACUGAAAAACUAAAGAACCUAAAAAAAAAACGCAACCACUCAACCACUCAACUACUCAGAACCCAACCACCAUACAGCAACCACACAGAAACACCAAAACCACAGACACGUUGAAAGACAUUUUCAUAUUUCUAGACCUAAGCUAAGCUAAGAGUUUUUAGCGUAUCCAAUUAUGAUUGAUUAAUUGAUUGAUUGAAUUGAAUUGAUUGACGAUUAUUAUUGUGUAUUUAUGAGCUUACCACGUAUAUACUUGUACUUAACUAUAGCCAUAUACAUAUGUAGCAGCGAUUCUAACUCUAAUUCGUAGACAAAGAGACAAUUCACUAGGCAAGGACAACAUUUCCGUUUCCGGUUUACAGUUCAAACUUGCUACUAUACAGAUUAAUAUGAAAAUCAUAAGCUACUCAAGCAGCAAGAUAAUUAUCUAAAGUAUAUACCUUUUUCAAAGUCCAUAUUAAGUAGCAUUUAGAAUUUUACAAAAUCGUGUAGAGUUUACUAAACAAUUUGCCAAACUUGACGACGGGCCGGAAAUGAAGAAUUCAAAAUUCAGAACAUUCAAUCUUCGCACGCCUUGCGAAUGCGCUUUAGAAACGGAAAUCCCAGGCCCACAAAGCGAAAUUAAACUCAGCCCAGCAAAAAUGUUAAAGCCCAAAAAGCGAAGAAACCCCUAAAAAAAACAUUUCCAAUAGUUCUUAGCGAUAAUGAUAUGGUAAAUAAUGAAAAUGAAGGAUGAUAGGCUAGUGUCAAGUUUCGAUCGUUGUUAAAAUCGACAGGUGCAUGUGCUUUCCCUUCGGCCGCCCCUGAACGCUUCGAUUUGGUGGGGUUCCCAACAGACUGUUGCAAUUUUGCCUAGUUCCCUUAGUGGGUCAAAUUCAGUUUCCCAGGCUCCGUCAGCGAAGCGUCCAGGGUCCCAAGUCGAGUGUUUGCCGUUGAGUAUUGUUGUUGAUCUCCAGCGUUUUCGAUGAUAUCCCAUCAGCAAACAUGCCAAGGGCGAAGCCAAUGAAACGAAUUCGAAAACGAAACAUUGUGUAUAUUUUGUUGUUGUACAUUUCAUUGACGAUCUUUUGUACAUUUAGUUAUAGUUCGAAACUAAUUUACACACCAAACGCAAGUGUUAUCGAUUUUUAAGUGUAAGGAAAUUGUUAGAGCCGUAUAAGCAGAUAGAAAGGCGAUUCGACAAAUAUAAACAAUGAACGCAGUAAAUAAAUGCAAAAAUGAGGA